AAUAAUGUUUAUUUACUUAAAGUGCCUUUCAUCAUUCAUUAUAUUGUUUUUUUUACGAAUAUUGUCUUAUUGGGAUUGUGUAUUCCUUAUUUAAAUAUUAUUGACUAAACAAAAUAAUCUUGUUGUCAUGGCUAUGCGUAACUACGCCAGAUUUUAUUUGAUUUGUGUCAAAUAAACCAAAUGAGUUUUAAUUUAUUAUUCAACAGGCAAAAUAACACAGUAAUUGGUAAAACCAGAACGAUAUAAGUUCGGCGAAAUGGAAGCACCCGAUGCUCAAACAGAUCCGAAGUUUAUAGAAAAGAAACGAGAAGAAUUACGUAUUUUUUUCCACGAUGCUAAGCUACCUAAAGAGAUGAUUGAAAAAGCUAUUGAAAAUGAGCUGAAGCCGCUAAUUGUGGGUUCGAACAGACCCUACAUAGCGGCAUCUUGCCCUGGUGAAGUUAAAACUGAGCAAGAAGUAAUGGCAGGGCAACCUUUCACCAAAAUAGAUGACCAUAACAAGCCCUUAACCGAAGAAGACAUAAAGGAGAUGUUCAAAGACAACCCUAUAAUAGCGGAAAAAGCGCGCCAAAUUCAGAUUAUGGCCCAGAACGAUAGUUUCAAUAAACAGAUAGCCAUUCCUCUGGACGAAAUAAACGUAGCGGAUUACCAUGCCAUGAGAAAAGAGUUAGAUGCUGCAAAAGGCGACAAAGAGGCAAUUAACAAAUUAAAUUACAAACAUAUGCUCUCAUUAAUGACAUCUGUCUCUGACUACAAGAAGAAAUGUGCAAGAAAAAGUGAUGAAUCAGUUUCAGAGAAAAGCGAACGUGUUGAGUCUGACAGUGAUGAAAAAGAAUAUGAUGCGAUAGAAAAAGUUGUCAGUCAGUACACCACCAAGUCUUAUGAAACACGAUUUCAAGAAACUAAGGAUAUGCUGGGAAAGAUGGCCGACAACUAUGAUGAAGCAGAAUCAUCACAAGGUGCUAAACUAAAACAACCGAUAGAAAUAGUGGAAAACCAGGUGUUAAAAGAUUCGUCUACACAGCUGAUAAAAGGACAAAGGAGGCGCUCUCAGUUUGCUGAAGUAAAAGAAAAAUAUGCUAUUAAUGAAGCUAUGAAUAUUCCGUUAAAAGACAAUCCUGUCACCCCAGAUCUCAGUGGCAAGUGUAAAAGAAAACAAGUAAAACAAAAACAAACAGAUGAGGAAAACAUUGAGGUGGAAGAUGUAUUUCCAAAGAAUUUUGAAGCCAAGCUCAAAGAUACUGAGAAGGCGCUACGUGAAAUAAACUCUGUGUUAAAUAAUUCACUUACACCAACGCCCACAUUUAACGAGGGAUCGAAAAACACUGAAGAAAGAAAUAAGAUAGACAUCAGAGAAAUAUCAUCAGAGCUUACAAAUGAAAAUGAGUCACAACCACAAAAGUUUACCGCCGAGAUGGAACAAACAUUACAAAAUAACUUGGAAAAUAUAUUUGAGUCGAGCAAUGAAGGAAAGCCUGAAAAUAAUGAAAUGGAAUUUAAAGAGAUGAAAAGUUUAGCCAGAAAUAUCGUUGAAGGUGCUGAAAAUCUAAGCACUCUUAUACGUGAGGAUAUAACAAAUAAGUUGAACAGUAUGAACGAAUUGUUAAACGAUGUUAAUGAAGCAUUGGAAAAUUCAAGAAAGUCAAAUAUAGCUUAUGAAAAAAUAAAAGAAGAGGGAGAAAUACUUAAGAAUGAGAUGAAAAUUGAUCGACCAAAAGAGGAUGAGUCUCCUCCUCUUUUGGUCGAUCGAGAAGAAGACAACCCUCCGGAAAUUAUUUCUGACCCACAAAUGGAUAGCAUUCAUGAUGCAAUAAACAAACUGAACUCUGAAUUAAAACAUCACGAACAUAGAAUUAACGAAAGCAAAGCUAGAUAUGAAAAGCGAAACUCUGAAUGUAGAACGUUCAUUAAAGAAGUUGAUGAAAUUUUACUAAAAUCUCAAGAAAUUCUGCAUCCCAUGAAGAAAAGGAUGGAACAAGAAUUGAAAACUCAAAAACAGGAUGAGAGCAAAACUCCCGCGGAAAGUAAGCCUCAGAAGUCUGAGGUUGAAGAUAAGUCUGCUGCCGAUACCAACGCAAACCAGACUGAAGAAAAUGUUGUGAGUUCACGAAAAGAACUCUGGGAUGUUGACUUUUCUUACCUUGAUGAGAAAAACAAAAAAAUUGCUGAAUCGCAGAAACAGGAAGCUGAACGGAGCAAGAGGAUAAGCAAUCUACUUCAUGAUAUAAAAGACAACAUGAAAGAUAAUAAGGAAGUCUUGAGAUUAGCCAAUAAUAUGCUGAGGAGGGAAGAGAUGCGGAAGAAGUCACUAUCGGAUAGUUCUGGAAAGAUACGCGAAUUACCUUCUGAAGAGAUAGAUACGAGGGCUCAAGGAGAUCACAUCGAGGCAGUAGAAGCGGAGUCUGAAGAUAGAAAAGAAGUGCCGCUUAUUACCGAUGGAAAACCUGAUGAAGUACAAACUGACGAAGAAGCCAAGAAGCAAGCAGAACGAAAGCAGAAGCGUGAAGACGCUGAGAAAGAGAGAUUGCGACAGAGAGAGUUCCAGCGAAAGGUGGAGAAAGAGCUCGAAGAAAUGAACAAGACGCCUCGCAUGACGAAGGAGUUCAUCAAGAAUCAUUGCCGGCAGCAUAAACUGUAUUGCACGCCAUAUCUCAACGAUAUUCUGUAUUUGCAUUUUAAGGGCUUCUCCAAAAUCGAAAAUUUAGAAGAAUAUACGGGCUUAAAAUGCAUAUUUUUGGAGAACAAUGGUAUACAGAGAAUUGAAGGACUGGAUACGCUAUCCGAGCUGAAGUGUUUGUAUCUGCACAAUAACGUUUUGAGGAAGAUUGAAAACUUGGACGGCUGUCCUAAGCUGGACACCCUGAAUAUUGACCACAAUUUUGUUGGAAAAAUAGAAAAUCUUGACGUUGUUCCUGAUUUACAUACUUUGAGCAUUGCUCAUAAUAUGUUGAGUGGUGUAGAGGACCUGUUGCAUCUUAAGUAUUGCAGGAAUCUAUCAGUGCUGGAUCUGUCAUACAAUCGCUUGGAAGAUCCACUGAUAGUUGAUGUUCUUGCUGACAUGAUAAUAUUGAAAGUCCUGUGUUUAACCGGUAAUCCUGUGGUUCGCAACAUUCCUGCAUACCGCAAGACUCUGACUCUUCGGCUGAAGGAGCUCCUCAACCUGGACAACAGGCCGGUCUUCCCCAGGGAUCGCGCAUGCGCUGAAGCUUGGCAACGAGGCGGCGUGCAAGAGGAGAUUGCUGAGAGGAGACGCUGGAUCGCUAAGGAUCAAGAGAAAGUAAUGCAGAGUGUUAGAUACCUAAUAAAAAUGCGAGAUGAAAAGAAAGCUAUAAGAGAAGCCAGGGAAAAGGAAGAGCAAGAUAAGAAAGAAGUUAAGGACGAAGAAACUCCCCAAGAAGUCAAACCGGAUAGUACAACUGAUCCAAAAGAACCUGAUCUGCCAGAAGAUGAAGGUCCUUCAAUUCUGGAACAGAAGUUUGGACCAGUCGAGGUCAAGGUCAAGGACGGUGUCGCUGUGGAUAUGCUAUCUGGAUCUGAAGAAGAAGAUGACUCUACGAGUGAAGAUAGUAGUGACGAUAGCGACAAAAAGGAAGACGGUGCGGAGACAGGGAAUAUAGAGUGGUCGCAAAUCGACCGCAGCAAGCGUUUGGUUCAGGAGAUCAAUGCUGAACCCCCACCACCUCUUCCUGAUGACUACUGGUACGGAUAUGGAAAUGUCAAGCCGAAGAAUGAAAGAGCGGAUAUUGUUUCCGAUUUCCAAGCAAUCAACAAUUUGCUAUUCAAUCAGCAACCGCACACUGGAAGAAAGGGAGUCACCAAAAUUUUGGAAGAUUCUAAAAACCGCAAAGGCAAUAUAAAAAUAACUGAAAUUGAUCAAGACGAAGAAAAAUCUGCAGCUGUAGCUGAGAAGAAACCUUUGAUCGAAAUUAUAGACUCAUGCGAAAAUAAAGAUGGAGACAAAAAAGAAACUGAUGCAAGUGACAAAAACGCAAUCAUUGAAGAUGUCACAAAACCAGUUAAUCAAAUUAUAGAAAAAGCUAAUAGCAAUAAUGGCAAAGAAAAUUAUGAGCAAGGAAAAGCAGAAGUUAAUCAAGAACUAAAUACAGACGUGAUAAAUAAAGCCAAUACUAUAAUAGAUCAGGAUAGAAAAACGAAUGCCGAAAAGCCUAGUACAAAUAAGAAGAUUCCAAUCAAAGAAAUUCCACUCGAUAAAAAAGCUGUUUCAAAAGAUUCACCGCGUAAACCUGAAGAAAAUAAGGAAAGCGUUCAAAAGCAAGAUGACAAGAGCAAGUCUCAGGAGACAAACAAAGCUUCUACCAGUCAAGCACAGGGAGAGAGAAGACCGAGCGCACAAGCAGAGGGUGAAGGUGUAGCUCUCAUAAACUACAUGCAUCGUAUGAAUAAAGAGGAAUAUGACGAUGAAGACUUAGAUCUGGAGCCGAGUGCUGAUGACCUUGAGAUAUUUGCUGAACUAGAACGAGAACAGGUUGAGCGACAGGCCAGGAUAGAUAGAGGAGAACCGGCUGUUGAUCCUAUGAAAUUAUACGACAAGAAAAUGAUGGAUGCAUACUACAAAGAAAAUGAGAGCUUGCCAGCACACUUGGUAAAAGAGAAAACUAUGUAUACCACGUACCGCAAUGACAAUGCUUUCGAUCGCGUUGCUUUGAGUCAGUUGACGGCUGGAGAAAAACCAGACGAAGCUAAAGUGAAGCUGACACAUGUUCCCGGCGCUGUGCUGCUCGAAUACGUGGAUCAAACACCCGUCACUGACGUGCAGUAUGAGAUCGGAGAGGAAGAUAUCGAAUCACCACCAUCAUCAGGUGAAACAGUUUCGAUAAACCUCUCAUCCGAUACGAGUGAUGAAGGAUCAAAGGAAGAAAUACCUUUUACAUUAACCAAGAAGCCCAGCAACAGGCCAUCCACUGCAACCAACACCAAAAAAAGUCAAAAAGAUACCACUAAAGGUACUACUGCUUCUAAAGAUAAAGGAAAACAAAGCGCGAAAGAUAAAACGAGUACUGAAAAGAAAACUGUCGAUAAGAAAAAGGGGGCUGAAAAAAGUGGGAGUCAGAAACAAGAUAGAAAAUCUAUUGGGAAACGACAUGGGAAUCAAGAAUGCGAAGCUUCUGCUUCAGGAGUUCCUGCAGAUGAGGCCACUCCUAGUGCAUCUGAAGAUACAGGUGCAACCUCAGCAUAUCCAAGUGGCAGUAGAACUUUGCCGUCAUCGUACGACACCAUGAUCAACAUUGAUCGAAAAGAAGCGAAGAAGUCUAUUAUCAGCACUAUUAACUCUUAUGAAGAUAAGAGAUUCCCUUCACAAGGGGUAAAUGUGUCAAACAUGGUAGAAAAUGCUCGUAUCGAUCAGAACGUUGCAUCCGAGAUACUGGAUCGCACGCUUCAGUACGAAGAACGAGAGUUGUACCGACAGUAUGAUGUCAUGACCAGUCAUGCUGGAAACAUCGACAAUAGGACCAAUGCUAUCAUUGAACACAUUUCUGAUCAGUUGGAGAAUGAGUACACACUGCCAGAAGUAUCCCGCAUUCUGGAAGCUCAUAUGGACGUCGCAGAACAAAGGUGGAGAGCUGGCGAGUACGUACCAUUCGUUCCCAGUAGCCCGCCAGAAUCAGUUCAUGACGGCAACGAUGAUAACGAAGCUACCCUCAUUCCAAGCCACAACACCUCUUUGUCCUUAGAAGAUACACUCACAGAUGAGAAUGUGAACAAAAUGGCAGCUAUCGUUGAAGAUGAUUCAGGAAUUGGUAACGAUACUACUUUGAGUGAUACUACAGAGGUUAACGAUAGGAGUGUCGAUGGAAAUGAUAAGACUCAGAGCGCUAAUGUUCGUGAAAGUACGCCACGCAAUAAAGACGCCAAGGAUGGCAAAGCCAGAGUUCUACAAGUCAUGAGUAGUGAUAUUGCGUCUGGUUCGGGAGAUGCCUCAUUUUCUAACUAUGAAGACCUUGAUAAAACUGUUGACAAUGACGCAAAUGAAUUUGUAGACAACGAUGGAGAACUAGAUGAUUCGAAGAUUUACGAAUCGGUGCUUGGUGAUGAAAUGAUUAAUGACGUGUCCACUGAUGAUGUAUUUGAAGACUGUGUUGAUGACAUACCGGCUGUCGAGGAAGGUACCAAGGAUGGUGAUGAAGCCCAGUUCAAUAGAGUAGAACAGAAUUACUCUUUAGAAAUGAAGUUGGCUUUAGGGAUUGAAGAUGGGAAAAUGUAGAUUUUAACUUAGUACCUUGUAACUCUGCACAGCUUGAAGUUUCGUUGAUAUGACUUUUAUGUAUGUAUGUGUGUGUUUUUACCCACUAGGGAAGUUUUGCUGUGUUUUUCUUAAUUAAUGAAGCACUAGUCUUCGUGUGCAUUUGAUGUUAUAAUAAUUGUGUGGUAUUUAAGGUCACAAGCUUAUUGUAGUUAAAUUAUCCUUUUAUGAUAGGUUGUUAUUAUUUCGUUUCCUUUUAUUUUGUUUAAGAAAUUAUGUUCUGUUUUGUUCAAUGUUUUUUAUGUUGCUAUGUUCUUGCACAUAGCCGUUAGUUUGACAAAUAUCUUGACUGUCUUGAAUUUAGUUGCGGGUUGAAGUUGUGACGUAUUUAAUACUAAUGUGUUACUAUAUUCAGAGUGGACAAGAUAUUUGGC